AUGGCGUUCACGCUGCCCCCGCUGCCUUAUGCGAUGGACGCCCUGGAGAGCAAGGGCAUGUCCAAGCAAACGUUCGAGUUCCACUACGGCAAGCACCAUGCCGCAUACCUGAACAACCUGAACGGCCAGGUGGCGGGCAAGGAGCUGGCCAACGCGGCCUCGGUGCACGAGGUGAUGCUGGCGACGUGGAACGGCGGCAAGCCCGGCCCCGAGUUCAACAACGCCGCGCAGGUCAUCAACCACACCUUCUUCUGGGAGUCGAUGAGCCCCAGCGGCGGCGGUAAGCCCGGCGGCAAGGUGGCUGAGGCCAUCGAGAAGGACCUGGGCGGCUACGACAAGUUUGUCGAGGCCUUCAAGGCGGCAGGCGCCACCCAGUUUGGCAGCGGCUGGGCGUGGCUGAGCGUGGGCAAGGAGGGCAAGCUGGAGGUGAGCAAGACGGCCAACGCGGAGAACCCGUGGGUGCAUGGGGCCACGCCCAUCCUCACGCUCGACGUCUGGGAGCACGCCUACUACCUGGACGUCCAGAACCGCCGCCCCGACUUCAUCUCCAACUUCAUCUCCAACCUGAUUGACUGGCAGCGCGUGGAGCAGCGCUACCUGGAGGCCACCAAGUGA